GCGGCAGCCGAGCCCCGAGCGCGCCCGGAGCGCCCCGAAAUCCGCACCGGGACCCCGAAAAACGGCACCGGGACCCCGAAAAAUCGGCGCCGGGACCCCGAAAAACCGCACCGGGAUCUCAAAAUCCGCACCGGGACCCCCAAAAUCGGCACCGGGACCCCGAAAAACCGCACGGGGAUCUCAAAAAACCGCACUGGGAUCUCAAAAUCCGCACCGGGACCCUCGAAAACUGCACCGGGACCCCAAAAUCUGCACCAGGAUCCCAAAAUCCGCACCGGGAUCCCAGAAAAUCCCCACCGGGACACAACAAACGGCACCGGGACCCAAAAAAUCAGCACCGGGACCCAAAACCCAGCACCGGGACCCGAAAAACGGCAGCAGGAUCCCAAAGAACCAGCACCAGGACUCCAAAACCAGCACCGGGAUCCCCGAAAUCUGCACCGGGACCCAAAAUCAGCACUGGAAUCCCCGAAAUCGGCGCCGGGACCCCGAAAAUCGGCACCGCAAUCCCCAAACCAGCACCGGGAUUCCCAAAAUCAGCACCGGGACCCCCCCCAAAAAAGGCACCGGGACCCCAAAAAACGGCACCGGGACCCCCGAAAUCGGGCGGGGGCUCCCCCCGAGCCCCAGCGACCCCCCCCCAGGGCCCGUUCUGGGGAGCCCCGAGAGCGCCCGGGACCCCCCGGCGGUUUUUUGGGGACCCUCCGGGAUUUUUCGGGGACCCCCAGAUUUCCGCGUCCCUCCGGAUUUUCGGGGAUAUUUUCCAACUCCCCCGGAUUUUUGGGACUCUCCAGGAUUUCUUUUUGAGGCUCCCCGGGAUUUUUUGGAGCCCCUCCCGGAGUUUUGGGCCCCCCGGCCAUGGGGCUGUGGCUGCUGUGGCUCUGGGUCCCGCUGGGGCUGGCCGAGGAGGAGACGCUGCUGGACACGCGGCUGGAGACGAGUGACCUUCACUGGACGGUGCACCCGCAAGGGGAGGGACAGUGGGAGGAGCUGAGCGCGCUGGACGCGGAGCUGGGCGGGGCCGUUCGCACCUUCGAGGUGUGCUCGGGGCGGGGCGGGGGCGGGGCCGGCCGGGACCCCGCCCACUGGCUCCGGUCCCGCUGGGUGCCCCGCGGCGCCGCCACCACCGUGAUGGCGGAGCUGCGCUUCACCGUGAUGGCGUGUGACAGCCUUCCCCGCCGCGCCGCGCCGCGCCCCUGCAAGGAGACCUUCACCGUCUUCUACCACGAGUCGGACGCCGACACGGCCACGGCCACGCACCCGCCCUGGAUGGAGAACCCCUACGUCAAGGUGGACACGGUGGCCGCCGAGCACCUGGCGCGGCCCGGGCGGGGCGCGGGGGCCCGCGUCAACCGCAAGGUGCUGCGGCUGGGCCCGCUGAGCCGCGCCGGCUUCUACCUGGCCUUCCAGGACCUGGGCGCCUGCAUGGCGCUGCUGUCCGUGCGCCUCUUCUUCCGCCGCUGCCCCGCCGCCACCGCGCGCCUGGCGCGCUUCCCGGCCACCGUGCCCGCCGAGCUGGUGGCCCCCGUGGCCGGGGCCUGCGUGGCCGGAGCGGUGCCGGCGGCCCAGGGCGUGCCGCUGAUGUACUGCCGGGAGGACGGGCGCUGGGCCGAGCCGCCGGCGCUGGGCUGCGUCUGCGGGCCGGGCAUGGAGCCCAGCGAGGGCACGGGGUGCCGGCGCCAAGCUGCUGGCAUGGGCUGCGUCUGUGGGCCGGGCAUGGAGCCCAGCGAGGGCACCGGGUGCCGGCGCAUGUGA